CGAUUUUUCACUCAAAAAUGGCGGACGAUAUUGGGCUACCAGGCGGCGCCGAGGGACUAGAUUUGGGGAGAGUCAAGCGGAUCAUGCAAGUAGAGGCGCGCUGCAUGACGGUGAACCCGGAAAGCACGUUUCUUGUCUGCAGGGCAGCGGAACUCUUCCUAGACGCGCUCAUAGCGCGAAGCAACGCAGUCAUGGAGGGGAAAACGGAACUUGAGUAUCAUCAUGUCGCGCAAGCUGUCCAAGGGUGGCAGUCGGCGCAAUUUCUCACAGACAUCGUCCCCACCAAGAUUCAGGCUGGACAGCUACGCUCCGACCCGCGGUUCCAGGGGAAAGGCGCUGUCACGCUGCCAUUGCAGUUCUUUACUCCGCAGCAGCAGCAGCAGCACAAGUUGGAGCAGCAAGCAGCGACGGUUCCGUCGCCACUGCCCCCGCCGCCGUCGCAGAAGCAACCGAAACCGGUUGCGCAGCCGCCGUUGGCGGCGCAGCAGCCGCAACAGGUCCAGCAGCAACCGCAACAGCAGCCGCAACACUUCCAGCAACUCCAGCAGCAGCAACAAAUUCUGUUGCAGGCGCAGCUGCAGCAGCAGCAGAUGGAGGCCCAGCAGCAGCUGCUGCGGCAGCAUCCUUACUUGUGGGUCGAGCUCCUCGAUGUAUGCAUUUACGGUACACCUACGGACUAUGGGAGUUAG